AUGCCUCCCAGCAACGAUGACCCUCAUGAUGUAUUCGUGACGGAUGAGGUAGUGGCGCCACCUACGGCCGUCAUAGCAGACGGCACGAUCACGAGUACGACGGCUAGCCUCGACGCACCAAUUCCUUUUCAUCCUCUCGGAGUCAGACCGCUAGGCAACAAAUACUUUGCCAGCGGUCCGGAUGCCAAGGCUGCGUCUGGGACGUUCCAAGCGCUUCCCGACGAGAUGGUGAUGCAGGUGCUGGAAUGGCUGGAUGCGUCGUCGCUGGCGGCCCUGGGGUACACAUGCAAGUUUCUCUAUGCCUUCUGUGACUACGAUGAUCUUUGGAAGAGCCUAGCUUUGGGAGCUGAUGGAGGGCAGCUGCAGCAGUGGCGCGGGACUUGGCGAGAGUCUCUGAUGGGAAACAAGGCACAGGCACAGAGUUACAGGUCCGACAGGGUCCGGAUAGACUGUCGGGACGUCUUCUCGGACGUGCUGCACCGGCCGUUUGUAUGCAGCUACGCCUCGCCGGCGCAGUUUGCGUGCAACAUCCCCAAGGCCAACCAGAUCCGUCGGUUCGCCGACCUGAGCUACGACGAGUUUGCCGACAAGUGGAGCGACACGCCGUUCGUGUUGACCGAGUGCGUGCGGUCGUGGCGGGUGUUCGCGGACUGGUCACUGGACAAGCUGCGCUCGGCGCAUGGCUCCACGCUGUUCCGGGCCGAGUCGGUUGACUGGCCGUACGCGCUUUACGACCAGUACAUCAGCAACACGACGGACGAGAGUCCGCUGUACCUGUUUGACCGCAAGUUUGCCGAGAAGAUGAAGCUUCGGGUGGGCCAGGACAGCAGCAGCCAGGACGACGAGGAUGUGGCGUACUGGAAGCCGGACUGUUUUGGGCCGGACCUGUUUGAGGUACUGGGCAGCGAACGGCCGGCGCACCAAUGGCUGAUCGUGGGGCCGGCAGGCAGCGGGUCGACCUUCCACAAGGACCCCAACGGGACGAGCGCGUGGAACGCGGUGGUGCAGGGAGCCAAGUACUGGAUCCUGUUCCCGCCGGCGGUGGCGGUGCCGGGUGUGUUCGUGUCGCGGGACCGGAGCGAGGUGACGAGUCCGCUGAGCAUCGCCGAGUGGCUGCUCGCAUUCCACGCCGAGGCGCGUUGCCAGGCGGGCUGCAUCGAGGGCGUGUGUCGCCGCGGCGAGAUCCUGCAUGUGCCGAGCGGCUGGUGGCACCUGGUCGUCAACCUGGAGCCGGGCAUCGCGCUGACGCAGAACUUUGUGUCCAGGACGCACCUUGCCGACGUGUUGCUGUUCCUGCGCGACCGCCCCGAGCAGGUGACGGGCUUCGCACGCGGCGUCGUGGCUGACCCGCACGGCCUCUUCGUGGAGCGGCUGCGCGAGAGCGCACACGCCGACGAGCUGCGCGCGGCCGAGGCUGAGAUCGCAUGGCGCGAUGCGCGGCGGAAGCGGACGUGGGAGGCCCUGGUCGGCAGCGACAGGACCAAGAUUGGUGCAGACGGCGGUGAAGAGAAGCGGCAGUGCACCGAAGCAGCCAGCGGGUUCACUUUUGGGUUUGGCGGCGACGACGACGACGACCUGGAAAACGAAACUCCAUAG